UAUGACAAGUCGAGGCCUCGGACUAAAUUAGGAGCGAAGCCCCAGUCUCUGUCCGGGCAAAUCCGCGAUGGAGGGCAUGGACCUGGACCUGGACCUGGACCAGGAGCUCAUGCAGAAAUUCAGCUGCAUGGGCACAACAGACAAAGACAUCCUUAUAUCGGAAUUUCAGAGGCUGCUCGGGUUUCAGUUAAACCCCGCCGGAUGCGCCUUCUUUCUGGACAUGACCAACUGGAAUUUACAAGCAGCCAUCGGAGCCUACUAUGACUUUGAGAGUCCCAACAUCAGUGCACCAUGCAUGUCCUUCGUGAAGGAUGUGACGAUCGGUGAGGGCGAAUCAGUUCCUCCGGACACACCUUUCACAAAGACCUGGAGAGUACAGAACACAGGUGCAGAGUCAUGGCCUCCUGGGGUUUGUCUGAAGUACGUCGGAGGAGAUCAGUUUGGUCAUGUAAACAUGGUGAUGGUGCGGUCUUUAGACCCUCAGGAAAUGGCUGAUGUUAGCGUGCAGAUGCAGAGCCCUGCGUCUCCUGGCAUGUACCAGGGCCAGUGGAGAAUGUGCACAGCCACCGGACUUUACUAUGGAGAUGUCAUUUGGGUGAUCCUGAGUGUGGAGGUUGGAGGCCUCCUUGGCGUCACACAGCAGCUUUCCUCCUUCCAGGCAGAGUUCAACACCCAGCCGCACCGCACCCUGGAGGGAGACUACAACCCCUUCGCCUCACCAGAGAAGAGCAAGUGCCCCAACAGCAACAACAACAGCCUCCAAGAUGCCAGCAGUCAUCGGGUCGCAGAGGAACAUUGGGAGGGAAACCCCAACCAGCUGCAGCAAGAUCAGAACGGACUUUCACACAACUCUGUGGAUAUAGUAGCAAACAGUCUACAAAGCAAUCUUUCAGUAGUCUCUUAUAACCAGGGUAUACAGGAGCCCUAUCCUUUUGGGCACUCUUAAAUCAUGGGACUUGUCACAGUGAAGCAGCACUAAACCUCUAGAGUCUGUCACACCAAUAAGAGAAAGAAGAGGCUUUAUCAGUAGCUGGCUGAGAGUGUGGAGAUUCAAAAACACUUUUAUGCAAAGUCCAGCUACACUUUGACAAAACCAGAGGCCAACGCUCCCAACGUGCAGCUCAACCAACAUCCCACAACCCACUGUAUGCACGUGUGAAUGCUAAGUUAAAAAUGAGUGCUAUGAGUCUUUUGAGUGAUAACUUUUUUCCAGACUUUUUUUUUUUAGUUGUCAGAGUGCAAAUGAAACAAUGACAGGAGUGUGUAUUUGUGAAACUGUGUGCAUAUACGUGUGUGCAUUGUGCAACCUGAAAGAGAGACUUUGGAGGAAAAGCCAUUUAUUUUGCCAACUGAUUCUCCGGUUUCUGCUCUGACUCUUGGUAUAUUGAUGGGAUUGAUCCCUGUGGCUAAAUCUAAUAAUACGGGCAUCUCUGAACAGAUCACUGGAUGUCAGUAUUAAGUUUUAUCUUAAUUUUUGAAGGUAUGCUGUGCAGGAUUGUCGGUCACUGUUUUUAAACGCACUCACCAGCUAACAUAAAAGUAAGCCAACCCUAGAAUUACUCUCAUUUGGCAUAUUGCCUCGCUAUAUUGGCAUUAUUUUUUUGGCCCCGUACCUCUUGGAUGUGUGCUGCUUACUGUUUGGCACCUGGUCGCUACCUUUUACAAAGCUCCAACCUCACCUGAGUGCUGUGGCAGGUACAUGUGCUGUAAAUGUCCCAAAUACAGAAAAUUAAGAUGAAAAAUAAAAAUAAAAAAUUAAGCUUUAUUAAAUCCGGAAAGUCCCAUUGAGAUUGGGAUCUCAUUUUUAAGAGAGACCCGACAAAGACUUAAAACAAACAUUGUACAAUAUUAAUCUUAGUAAAUACAUAAUAUAUUUAAAAAACACAGGUAAAAGGGGAAGUCACCACACAAGUGUGGCUGAGAAGGAUUACUUUGGUAUACUUUUUUUUUUUUUUUUUAAGAAAAUCCUGCAAGGUAUACCUUUAAUUUACACUUUAAAGAGAAGGGGAACAACCAAUUUUUUCAGAAAAAAACAACAAACUGAAGCUUAUUCAAGAUUACUUGUGCAUUAUGGGCAAUAAUUUCUAUGCUGUCAUAACACCUGCAAUUUUAAAUGUAAUGUGACUUUUGUCCACUGGAGGGAGUCAGCCAUUACUCUAACAAACACUGAGAAACAGAACUAUUUUUGACAGUAUAGCUCCUAUGAUUUGUUCCAGUUUAGUCCUCAUCAUUGUACAGGAACAUGUUUUUGUAAAGAAUUUAGAGCCAACAGUUAUAUAAUAUUAUUCCCUCUGAAGGUUUCUUCCCACACAUGAAAUACAGUCUCAUUGCUGGCACUUUUGUAUACACACAUCUAUAGAAAUAUAGAAUAUUAGCAGAAUAUUCAUUAUUAGUAAUAAUGCAGUAUUAUAGAUUUCCCCGAUUAUUGUCUUAAGCUAAGAUUUAGUCUAGUUUUACAUGCUUUUAUCAAAGUUAAACAAGAUAACAGGAUUAAUGCAAGACUUUGAAUUCAAGCCAUAUGAAGUAAAAACACAAUUUCACAUCAUGAAAACAUAAAUGUUCUUUGUCAACGUGCUCUGAAUUUUCAUUUAGAAGCUGUUUUGGGCUUUUUGUCAUAUUAAGUUGAAUGUAUUUGAUGAAUGUAGAAGAGGACAAACAUAUUAAUUCACCCAAAGAUUCAAGAUUGAAUAUUUGCAUUGAUCUGACAGUUUUAUUAGUGUAGUUUAUGUUCUUAAUAUUUCCAUUACAAUAAUGCGUACAUUAUGCCACAGUCAAGUCUACAAAUGUUCUUUCUAAUCAUCGAUGAACUUUUUAAACACAUUUGAGAAUUUAGAUUCGAUCAUUUCUCAUUAACUGUACCAGUAAAGUUACACUGACUCAUGCUGUCUUCUUUACUUGCACUAACUGGCUGAUCUAUGCACUGAGUACUGCAGCCUCCUCCACGGCGAGGCCUGUGCAUACUUUUCUCCACCACCAAGUACAGUUAAGUCCUAAAGGGUUUAUCGACUCUGUGAUUUUAUCUCGUCAUCCGCAGCCAGUGUGUUGAGACCACCUUGUCAGGUAAACAGCCUUGUAACUGAGGCACUAACUGUAAGCCCCAGGGUUACUGAGCUUCAACAUGACAACACCAGCCAAUAACUACAGCGUGUCACGUGAAUCUCUGUGAAUUACCUGUGCAAAUUGUUAAUGUUUCUCUCCGCAGUCAGAGGUAUCUGCUGUUAAUUCAUCAUGUGUGUUUAGUUCUCAGUGUAAUGUCUCUCUGAGGUUCCCACUGGCCAGAUCGCAGAAUGAAUCAGUUGGCAUUAGACUCAUACAACAGCACAUUUAUGAGAGUGAGGAAGUGCAAACAGAUGAAAGCUUUUUUUUCCCUGUAUGUCUGAUGAAUGUUUGUAUGAUUAAAUUAUCACUGAAAACUGAA